CGUACGUGUUACACGUUGCACUCGUACUCACACUGCACAGCAUGCCAUGGUAGUUCAAACUUCAAAGAAUAUCUAGAGAAGAAUAACUUUCGCAUGAUGGCAAAUUAUACACAUUUUUUGCAAACUUUGACAGUAAUAAUCUGCAUGUUAUGCAGCUUGUCGAAGCAGGAUAGCAUGUACACCGAGAGAUUCCUUCCUACGUUUGACCCCGUCGUUGUUGUGAAUGAUCAUUUGUCGUCAUGUUCGGCCAAAAAUGGAAAAGAAGUCCCUUCCAGUUGUCAACAAUGGACAACUCUGAAAUCUUCUCAAACCAUGGAUGGCCGCCUCGUCAAAAUUGUUGAUGAUGUUUUGGACUUUCGGUUGAUGACCUCAUUACAGGAGUAUUCAAAUUUGGUUUCUCAAUGGGAAUUCAACAGUGGGGAUGGUCCUAGUCCCUGGUCUACGUCUUUGGAUCCAGGACCAUUUGAGAACUCUGCCGUCCUAUCUGUCCUGAGAGGAUUAGUCUCAUCAGCAAUGGACGUCGAUGAAACUGUUCUCAAGCCUUUCAGUAUCUCGAUGCAUGUCUUUCGAAGAGGAGACCAUGUUGCAUUGACAAGGGACAAUACUGGUGUAGAGAAGGAGUACUCUUUAAUACUCUAUUUCAAUCAGUACUGGCGCAAGAAUGACUACGGUGAACUCCUGUUUUAUGAUGAUAACAACGAUACUUUCACAGCCCUCAGUCCUAAGUACAACAGAGCAGUGGUGUGGGAUAGCUCAAUUGGUUACAUCAUGAAGCCCCCAAGCAUGGACUUCAAGCAAGGUAUGAUGUGCCUCAGGGUCAGGUUUACAACCAAUGCAACGAAAGAGAGCAAAGCGAGGCAGCGAAGAGAACUCCAUUUUGAGGAGAAGAUGAAAGCUAGGGAAACGCUUUUCACUGAGAUGAAAGGGUCAGAGGUCAAAACAGUUGAAGAUGUGGCAAAUUGUGUGACAAAGAAUUACACGACCUCCCAAGGUAAAAGGCUUUACAUCUUUGAUGGACUCUUCAAUGCAGAUGAUCUGAUGAAACUGAGAGAAUUUGUACCUAAGCAUGGAAAGUUUUACUUCGAUGACAGUCUAGACCUAGACAGUGACAACGUACAGUGGAUAGCAGGGUUUCCUAUUGAUAGCUAUGUUCAAGGAAAGAUGUGGACAGCUACUCAGAAGGUUGCUGAAUUUGUGUCAGGUACUGACCAGUGGUAUCCAUACGAUGUGUCUUGCAACCUGCUCAGGACCUACGAUCACACCAGGAUACAUGAGGACUGCGAGGUCAGAGAGAAGGAGUGGACAUUCCUGGUGUACUUGACCGAUGACUGGAGCGAGGACAAGUACGGAGAAACGACCUUCCUGCACUUCCAUGGCCACGAUUCUGAACCGGUCAUCAGUGUCUUGCCUAGAUUUGGAAGAGUUGUAAUCUUUGAAGGCAUUAUACCUCACUCAGCUCGUCCUCCUAGUCCCACGUAUAGAGAUUCAAGGUUGACUUUUGUAGCCAAGCUGUCAAUCAACGAGUGGGUUGCUAGGGUCAAAUCUCUGAAGACUGAGUUUGGUCACGAAGAAGGAAUACAUCAAUUGUGCCUAGGACACUUCAAGAGCUAUAAUGAUAAGCAUUAUGAAGAUCAUUACAAAGAAAGGCUCCUCGAGAAUGCCCAAGAAUUGAGAGAGUUGAAUCAGGCAUUAAACAAACGCUUCAGGCCGGACGCCGAACAUAGUGACGAUGAUGACGACAAUGAUGACGAUGAUGAUGACCGUGAUGAUGAUGAUGAUCAGGAAGAGGAUGAAGAGCAGAUGGAAUAUGAUGAGCCGUCAUCCUUCGAUGAUGAAAUGCUGCUGGAAGUCAAAAGGAGGCGAGACUAUGUGUAUGGACUGUUUGCCGACCGUUCUCAAAGCAUCGAGACUCUGAGGAAGCAUUAUAAUCAGUGUUUGAUGGAUGCCCGCAUAGCAAGACAUAAAUACGUAGAGCAAAUGGAAAAGUUGAUUUAAAAUGGAGUAUGCAUAGAAUGACCAUGCAGUAUCUCAUAAUUUGGGUGUGUUAAAUUUUUUGUUUUUACCUGAUUGCUAAGAAAGCAUGUGUAUGCUUGUCAGUACGCAACCAGGCCAGAGGACCAACAGCUUUAAGUCCUAUUCGAGGGACUUCUUGAUGAGGACUUAGUUUUGAACCUGGGACCUCCUGGUUAAUACAAGACCACUGCUCUACCACUGAGCCACCCCACCUCCUUUCACCUUCAUUAUCAUUUUCCUUGAACAAUCAAGUUCAUUAAAAAAAAUCAUUUAUAUAACAGAUUUAUUACACUACAGUAUUUUGUCUACAUAGAUAUUUUUUAUUUAGAAUUAAAUGCUUUUUGAUAUGCUUUGUGAUGUUUCACACUAAUUGAUGGUUGAUGGUUUAACUGAAAUAAACAACUAAAAAGAUAUACUUAUAAUAUGUUUGAGAUGAUACUUACAUGUUAACAUCUUUGAUUUUAAUGAUAUACAGUCAAACCUGUCUAUAGCGACCGCCCAAGGGAAACACAAAAAGUGGCCUUUGUAGACAGUCUUUGUAGACAGGUUCCUUUAAUACAUGAUUCAAUGAGAAACCAUUUUCAAGGGAAACAAACAAUGUGGCCUUUGUAGACAGGUGGUCACUAAAGCAGGUUUGACUGUAUUAAUGUUGAUAUAUUGCCUUAUCUUUCAUUCCAUAUCAGAAAGACAGUACUAUGUUUUUAUAUGUUUUUUAUGUCAUAAUUAUGUAACUCUGAACACUGUAUAUAUUUAUUUUGUUAUCAUAUCAAAAAAUAUUUGAAUAUGUUGGAAUGGGGAGAUACAGUACUAAAUUUAUAUAGUGUUGGUUUUUAAUGGGUGAACAUUAUGUGAGUCCUAUAAAGCUAGUGUUGUGAACAGAAAUUUGUUUAUGUGAUGUUUUUGUAUUAUAGAAUAUUACAUAGUAAUAAUAAUAACAUUCCGCUUUUAUGUUGCGCUUAAUACAUCAAUGAUGUCUCUAAGUGCUUUACAGAUAUAUUAUAGUAGGUGAAAUUCUUAUGGUAUUGGCCCGUAAUUUCCAGGUUCCCUGUUUUACUCUAGUGAUGACAGAACACAAAAAGUGACAGACUCUUACACUGAUCUUUGUAAGUUAACGCCAUGUGUGUGUGUGUAAUUGGGUUUUUACAGUUGUAUAUCGAUCAGAUAUGAUUAUUUACGUCUGGGGACCGACCUUUAACAUCACCAUCCGAAAGACAUGACACAGUUUCGUACCAGGGUCUGCCUAAGCCAGUUUUUAGGCAAAGACAAGGAGCCGACCAAGUGAAUGUGCCGCUAGGCUAGACCAACUCAUCUUUCCCUAUGUUGAAUUCUCAACAAGCCUCAUUCUGAGUACUUUUGCAUGAGACAUAUUUACAUCUCGUCACAAUGUACCAUGUUGAAACAAUUUGUUCUUGACAUUUUUUCAUUUAGAUAUUUUCUAGGAAGAAAAGUAAGAUCCUUAUUUCUUGCAAAUAAUUAAACAUGGUGCUCUUUCAUUAAUUCUUGAAAAUUUUGUUUAAAUCUUUCAAGUUUACUAGCUUUCAUAUGUUAUACAUUAUAAUGUGUUUAAUUUGUGGAAAAUAAAAACAAAAACUAAUCUACCUGACUUCAA